AUGGCUACCACGGUUAGACCCACGAUCAUCGUACGCAUCACCUGCAAACUCAGCGCUGAAGACGUUUGCUACGGGAGGCUCAUCAGCGCCCUCGAGGCCUCUGGCUACGAGGUGCACUGCCCCCGCCUGUUGUCCGUGAACGAGGCCCGCCCGCCCAACGCCGGACUGUCCGACGACUCGGCGCUCAUACGCAGCUACGUGGAGAGCUUGGUGCGGGCUGGACGGUCUGUUGCAGCAAUUGGCCACUCCUACGGCGGGCAGGUCAUCUCCAACGCCCUCUACGGGCUGGGCGUCGAUGCGCGUGCUGCAAAGGGCCUCAAGGGCGGCGUCUCGCACCUGAUUUACAUGGCGGCAUUCGCCGUCCCCGAGGGAGUGGCAAUGAUGGACAAGGUCGAGAAGUUCGGCAACAUGGACUUGGUCCCAAUCGCCUUCCACUUCGCUGACGAUGGUACCUGCGUCAGCGGCGACCCGAAGACCCUGCUGAUCGGCCCCGGCCCCAGCGACGCAGAGGUCGAGGCCUACAUGAAGACCUUCGUUUCCGAGAACGCUGCCUGGCGCGAGAUUCCAGUCGCCUACAUCAAAGCCUCGGCCGACAUGACGGUGCCCGUCCACUACCAACAGCACUUCAUCAACGAGAUGGAGAAAUAA